AGGUAAUAAGUUGUCACUUUGCUAGCAAACACCUACCGCAGUAGAGUGAUGCUACUGUUUGACGUGUAUUGUUAAAAUAAAUUAUCCGCUAGUGCUAGCCAAAACUAAUGAAUGAAAAUUGUAGUUUUUCCGUGUAAUAACCUUUUAUUUAGAUUCUUGAUCUCACCUAUCACGAGUAAUUUGUGAAAAUGUCGGAACGAAAUCCAAAAAUGACCUUCGAGGAAAUCAUGCAACUGUUGGAAUCGUACCGAGAAAAAGAGUGCUUGUGGAAUCACGCUCACUACGAUUAUAGAAACCAAACCACGAGAAAUGAAGCUUUCAACAACAUGUUGUAUCAAACGAACGCCGGUACCGUUGAAGAAGUGAAGCGAAGGAUUAAAAUCAUCAGAGAUACUUACAACAUCGAGAGAAAUAAAAUGAAAAAAUCUCGGCUCUCUGGACCGGGACCUAAUGGCUAUUACAAUACUAAAAUACCAUGGUACAGCACAGCAGAUGAAUUUCUCUCCAAGUGUUACCCAACACGAAACAGCACUAACAAUGCAUCAGGAACUUAUUGUAAGAUAGAGCCAUCCAGCCCACAGAGUGAUAGAACUGCAUCUCCAGAAUCACGAGAACAUGAUUCAGCCGAUCCCUUAUGGCAAUAUGCAGACGUUCUCGAGAAUCGAAGCCAUUCUUCAAACAUCUGUCGAAAACGUUCAGCAGAACUAACACGCGCCUCGGUACCUGCCUCGACGAAAAAAGCUAUUCGUCUCUCAACGCAACUGCCUCCAAAUGGAAACGGAUGGAAUGCUGAACGAAAUGCACACAUCGAAGAAUCGAAUUCAACCAUCGAACUUAUACAAAGCACAAGAGAUAGCAUAGCGUCGUCGCUAACCCAACCCAUCCAGGAUGAGUUUCUGUAUUUUGGGUUGAAUUUAGCAGCGCAACUGGGGGAACUGCCCAAGCUGCGAGCUCUGCUUCUACAGGAGAAAAUUCAAGCCCUGGUUUCGCAAGAACGCAUAGAAUUCGAAAUGAGCCAACAUAAUGACGGUUGAUGUUGAACGUGACCUAAAUGUUCGAUAGGUAAUCGGUUGUACAAGUAAUUUAAACAUUCUGCAUACGCAUUGAUUAUGCUUUAAGCGACUAAGAAUUUGUCGCACUUUAAAUUAGUAUCAACGUUUUAAAAAUAGCAAUCGCCGUGCUAAUUAUUGUAUCAACCUACUAAAAUGCUCUAUUCUUUGACUCUCAGUAUCAUUAGUUACUGUAUAAAUAAAUGUUAUCAUAAGUAUGUA